AUGGAUCGACCACCUAUUGCAGGAUCCGUCAAGCGGGCGCGAGAGCGGGCUCAAGCCGGAUUUCCGAGGGACCAGUACGCACCGCCGUCCGCAACACGAUUCCCGAUAACGGAAGAGGACUUGGACAGCCCCACGGAUGUCUCACCACCACCGAGCCGCCAGAACCCCGAUCCCGCACCGUCACGAAUCCCGAGACCAUUACCUCCGGCCGCGCUACAGAACAAAGAUGGCGGAAUCGGCAUGGCCAUCUCGCGGCCUACGCAAAUCCCCCAAUGGCCGCUGCCCGGACCCAUCCCGUCGCCGUCCCCCGAAGCCGAGCCGUACCGACCUCCCCCAGGAAGGGGACCACCACCGCAACGCCCACCUCGCCCAAAUCGGACGAGAAUCGACGCUGAGCCAAGAUCCCUCGUCCGCGCCACUCACCCCGUCAUCGAGACAUACGCAGUCGUCAAUGUCUUCCGUAGGAUCGAUUCCGGAUUUCCCAUUGCCAUCGACCAUUCCUCCCGCUCCGAUCCCGCCACCUCCUCCCGCCGCUCUGCCGAGACGGAGCGUCACCCUUGGACCUCCUCCGUCGUCUCGACGAGCGCCGCUAUGCCAGAGAGUUGGGGCAGUCAAUCGCCAGGAUUCAGCCCAGGAUACCCCGAUGAAUUUUAUGAGGAUGAUGCGUACUCCACGGAGGAAGACGAGGACAACAGCAGAGCAAGCACGGCACAGUAUGGCGAAGGUGACGAAAGCAAGCUUGUCAGGAGCGCGAGUGUUGGUAAGAUGCAAAAACCAUCAAUCGUAAUGAACCGAGCUCCGAGCGGCGGCGACCCUUUACCGCAGGAAGCGUUCAGACCAACACCAUCACCUCUCCAGAACCAGCUCCCGCACAGCCCCUUCGACAACGGCACAGGCUAUCUUGAAGGGUCCAGUUCCUCAGGAACGGUGCCCACGAUGGCAGCUACGGCAACCACGCCUUCAGUAACAGCUGAUGCCAUGCUGGGAGCGUUUGCUGCUGCCAGUUCAACAAACCCGGAGGACAUGAGAAAAGUCACACCCGAGCCACGGCCGUACAACCGCCUAUCGGCGAUUCGUCGCCCGCCAAAGUUGGGCCUAGACAUGAACUCUGUCAGAGAGAUGGAGUCCAGAGGCAGUAUGACCAGUUUGCCAGACUUGAUCAAACGCGCAACUCGCUUAGCCGCGCUUAUUGACAGAGGACGCCGGCCUGCAAGCAGAUUUGACAUGGAUGGAGAAUGGCCGGAUGAGAAGGCGUUUGGGCGUGAGGGGGAGCACCAAAUGGCAAACAUGUCAGCUGCUGAAAAACAUCAGUCAGGACUCUCUGACAUGUUGGCUGCGUUUCCUCCUCCAGCAACAACUCCUAAUCCUCCCCAGCGCGGCAGCUGGUUCAGGCGUAACUCUCAAGGAUCAUGGCCUCUUGCACCCGGAAGCCGUGGCGGUACGCCAGUACAACCCAUGACACGCGCCAUGGCAGCCAGAUCAUCUCCCUUGGCAAGGUUAGAGUCCAACAGCGAUGAGGGCUCCGUCAAACGUAAGAGAAGGUGUUGCGGCCUACCACUCUGGGCCUUUAUUUUGAUUGUUGUCAUCGUUUUGGGUAUCAUCGCCGCUGCCAUCAUCGUUCCUCUCGAGUUCUUCGUCUUUCGGAAGAACAGGACAGGCAGCACUCCCACUACUGAGCCGGCUCUGGGUCAAUGCCAGAACCAGCUCAAGUGUGAGAACGGCGGUACGAAUGUCAUUUCGCAGAAUGUCUGCUCAUGCAUUUGCACGAAUGGAUUUACCGGUCAGACUUGUUCCGUGGCCGGCGCAACCGGAUGCACCACGACCACUAUCACCGGCACCUCAUCUAAUUUCAAUAAUGUCACCCUCGGCCAGGCGAUACCCCGCCUCCUUCAGCAGGCUCAGACCAAUUUCACCGUCACCUUGGACGGAACCGACAUUCUGGCAAAGUUCAACACGGAGAGCCUCUCUUGUAUUGCGCAAAACUCGCUUGUUACCUUUGAUGGGCGCUCAACCCGCCAAGGCACCACCAACUCGCAAGAGGUGGUAGCCAACGUGGGCGUCAACGCUGACAACAUACCCAUCCAAAUCAUCACGCUGCUUCCUGGGCAGGCGACGACGAUUACCUUCAACUUUAUCGAGACUGGUGCCGUUAUUGGUCCCUCUGGCGACAUUGUUGGCGGGUUCACGACCCUCUCCGGCCCAUUCCGCGUCACGACGAUCCACGCCUCCAGCUCGACCAUGUGGGCUACUAUCCCUAUGAUGCCCACGCCGACGACAAUCAGCUCGAGCUCGACGGCUCCAGUCACGAUGCCUACAAUCCCACCAGCAACAUCGGUGCCGCCGACGACAACUUCAACGCCACCGACGACAACAUCGACACAGGGGCCUCUGGUUCCCUCGGUACCUGUAUCUCCAUCGCCGUCGCCCACACCUACGUUCAGCGUCACGGAAGAGACUCUUGACUUUGCAAGAGUCGCCGUGCUGCUUAUUCUCGAGAGGCAGAACCUGAUGGCCGCGACGACAGCGCAGACGGUGCUCCAGCGGUUCUUCACGCAGGCAGGCACAGGCAGUCGGACAUCGAACGGAGGCGUCGCCAUCAGCCAGGCAUUGAAUGUGACGCUCGGCGGAGGUAAUUCGGUAGACCUGGUCCACUUCCUCGUCAACGUCCCCGGAAACACCACGACGCCAACGACGAUGACGGCGACGAACAGCACCUCAUCCGGUGUCGUCGCCGCAGAAGGGAGCUGA